ACACUGCGGAGAGAAGAGGAGAGAAGAGGGAGCAAAGCUAGCAAAACCGCUGUCAAAGCCCCGAUUCUUGGCGUGAACAGAGCUGCUACUGUUCUUACCUGGAGACGGACGUUUAUACGUGCUAUGAGUGGCACACGCCUUGCCUCCGCCUCCUCUGCGGUCUCCACAGUGACAGGAGGCAGUUCCCAUGGCAGCCAGCCUCCGGCCUUCGUCCUGCCACCCCGAAACGUCAAAGUCGCUCUGGGAGGGGACGCCCGGCUGGAGGGCAAGGUACACGGUCACCCAGAGCCACAGGUCACAUGGUACAAAGAGGGGAGGCCUGUGAUUGGAGAAGAGCGCUGUGUCAUCAAACAGAGUGGGAGGGGCAUGUUUAGCUUGGUGGUGGGCAGAAUCACAGCAGAGGACCUGGGCUGUUACACAUGCCAAGCCACCAAUCAGGCAGGGAGUCGGCAGGUUACCGUGGAGAUCCUGCUGGACGAAAACUCCAACAAGAAGUAUGGUCUCCCUUCAUCCAUUAAAACUGGGUGUCGCUCAGCGGUCCCAGCGAUGCAGAGCAGAGCCAGUAUUUGGGGAGAGAGCGCACCACGCUUCAUCACCAAACCCAGCCGGGUCUGUGCCAAAGCAGGACAAACUGUGAAGUUUUCAGCCAAAACCACCGGGCGUCCACAGCCACAGAUCUCAUGGCAGCGGGGGGAGGCGGAGCUUGAGGCUGGUGGGCGGGUCUCCAUGUAUGAGCGUUCUGGUCUUCACUUCCUGGAGAUAAAGGAAGUGUGCGUGGAGGAUGGCGGGAGCUACACCUGUAUAGUCAGUAACAAUGCCGGGGCUGCCACAGCAACAGCUGAUCUCAACAUCCAGGCUUCUCCUGGUGAAUCUACAAAAACUGUGCACCAGCCUAAUAUGAAAGACUGUAUCAGCAUGAGUAUAUCUAACUCACUCACAGAACAGCCCACAGUCACUCAAGAAGACCCUCCACAGAGCACCUCCAGAACCAGACCUGCUGUACAGCUACCGCCUGUGGCCCCCAGGAGAACUGCAGCUCCCAUAAAAGUCCAAUCAGCAGCAAAUCCUCCUUCAACACCUCUCCAAGUUGCUACGAGUGGCUCAGACAAUAACAGAAGUGUGCGAAAAACUCUGUCAGGGCCUGACCUACGUUUUGAGGCAGUUCCUCUGGACCAGGAGGCCACAGAGGGGGCACAGGUCUCCUUCACCUGCCAAGUAUCCACAGCUUCUUUUACCACGGUGACCUGGCUGAAGGAUGGCACCCCCUUUGGGUUGGGUGCUGGGGUGGAGCAGAGACAGGACGGUCCCAGACUGACCCUCACCAUAGAUCGAGUCAAAGCCAAGCACCAGGGGACCUACAGGUGUCAGCUGACCACAGGGGGAGGAGCCACCGUCGCCUCAGCAACAUGGACCCUUCAAGUUAACAGUCGGUUUGAGGGUCAGAGGUCAAAGGUGACAGAGUCCAGAGCAGUGGGUGAGGCUCCUCGCUUUGUGACCUGUCUGUCUGACCUGAAGGUGAUGGACGGGAGCAGGGUCACUAUGACUGUGGAGCUCACAGGCCAGCCCCCUCCUGAGGUGCUCUGGCUCCACGAUGGAGAGGAGGUGACAGAAACAGAAGACUUCCAUCUACUCCGGGAGAAGAACCGCUGCACCCUCCUCAUCCAGGAAGUUUUCCCCGAGGACACAGGCACCUACAGCUGCAGGGCCUGGAACCAGCACGGGGAGGCCAGCACCCACGCCAGGCUCACUGUGGAGGAGCCCCAGGAUGGAGUGCAGCCCUGGUUCAUCACCAAGCCCAAGGCGGUGAGUGCGAGUGUGGGGCAGCAUGUCCUGCUGUCCUGUGCCAUUGCCGGUGACCCCUUCCCCCAAUUCACCUGGAGUCGCUCUGACCCCAGCCGACCUCUGACCUCUGGAGGAGAUUACGAGCUACUGCAGAAGGAGGACGUCAUCUCCCUUCUGAUCAGGAGAGUCCAGAAGCAUCACGCUGGAGAAUAUCUGAUCAGCCUCAGGAACACAGUGGGAGAGUGCAGCUCUGUAGCUUCUCUAUCUGUCACCGAGGAGGUGGAGAGCGAGAGGAGCAGGGCACGGAGAACAACGGGCACGGGAGAUCAGCACAGUCACGGAGCCGGUGGAGCGGAGGAGAGGAGUGGCAGUGCACAGUGGCAGAGCUCCAAGCGGGAGUUCAAGCAGCAAGGCGGUCAAGAAGAUCCCAAACAGGAAGAUCUAGGUGCUCCAAAAGGUCUACUGAAGCGUUCGGUGGAGACCAGGGAGCGCGGAGAAGACGAAAUCCGGCAAAGGGAGGCACAGCAGUUAGACUUCCGCUCGCUGCUCGGACGUAGAAAUAAUCCCAACAGCAACAACAAUAAUAACGAUUUUGGGGUUGAGAAAGACGAUAAGAUGGAUUUUAAAGCCAAUCUCAAAGGGGUCAAGGCCAAAUUCGAGGACGAUCGCAAGACCAAUUCUGCACAACAGGUGGACUUCCGGGCGGUUUUAGGGAAAAAAGGUUCUUCUCCAGCACCUCCAUCAUCGACCACCGCAAGCAAACCAGGCGAGAAUAAAAAUGCUACAGAUUUCCGAUCGGUUUUGGCAAAUAAGAAGAAGAUUCCAGAGAAAAAUGGAGAGACGCCGGUGAAAACAGCAGAGAAAGAGAAGGACAGCAAAGUGGCAGUGAAUAACUGCGUGGAUGGAGGGCAUCGUGAGAAGAAAGCUGCGGUGGGUGGAGGUGCAGGUGUAGGAGGUGGAAAAGGACCUGAGUUUAAGGAAAAGCUGAGCGACGUGACAGUGUUGGAUGGACAGAGGCUCAGGCUGCAGUGUCGGCUCGCUGACCCUGCGGGCGCCACUGUCACCUGGACGCUGGACGGGAAGGUCAUCAAGGCGUCCAAGUUCAUUGUCCUGGCCAAUGAAGGCGGCCUGUGCUCCCUGACCAUAGACAAAGCUCUGCCAGAGGACGAGGGCCAGUACAAGUGUAUAACAGAGAACUCCACAGGAAAAAGCGAGUGCUCCUGUAUGGUGCUAGUGGACGACCCGGCGGAGAACUCCCCAGCCGACAAAAAGUCCAAGAAGGCGACUCCGACUUCAGAGAGUGAAGCCAGGAUAAAGAAGCCAACUCCAAAAACACCUCCAAAACAAGCACUGCCUCCUCAGAUCCUUCAGUUCCCAGAAGACAUGAAGAUCCUGGCUGGAGAGAAGGUGGAGAUCCUCUGCAAGUUCUCCGGAGCUCCACCCAUCAACUGCACCUGGCUCAAGUUCAGGAAACCAAUUCAGGAGGGGGCAUCAGACAUUUCCAUUGAGAGCACAGACAGCAGCAGUAGACUGACGAUCUCCAGCGGCCAGCAGGAGCACUGUGGAUGUUACACUGUGGAGCUGAGGAACAGCUAUGGCCUCAGGCAGGCCGCGCUCAACCUCACCAUCGUCGAUAAGCCCGACCCUCCAGCAAAGGUCCCAGCCGCCUCCGACAUCAGGCGCGCCAGCCUGACCCUGUCCUGGUAUGGCCCGACCUACGAUGGGGGCAGCGCUGUGCAAUCCUACAACCUGGAGAUCUGGGACUCUAUAGGGAAGGAGUGGAAACACCUGGUCUCCUGCAACAGCACCUCCUACAAUGUACAGAACCUUCUCCCUGAGCGUCAGUACAAGUUCCGGGUGCGGGCGGAGAACAUCUAUGGAGUGGGAGAGCCCAGUGCAGAGUCAGAGGCUGUGACUGUGGGGCUGGUGGAAGAUGAGAACCAGGAGGAGGCUGAGGCAGAAGAAGAGGACGAUGACGCAGAGAAGGAGCCAGAGUACAGAGACGUGACCAUCAGGGCAGACAUGAAAGUGAAGGACCUUUACGACGUGGAGGAGAGGCUGGGAACGGGUAAGUUUGGACAGGUCUUCAAGCUGGUGGAGAAGUCCACAAAGAAGAUCUGGGCGGGCAAGUUCAUCAAAGCCUACUCAGCCAAGGAGAAGGAGAACGUGAGGCAAGAGAUCAGCAUCAUGAACAGUCUGCACCACCCCAAACUGGUGCAGUGUGUGGACGCCUUCGAGGGCAAGUCUGACAUCGUCAUGGUGCUAGAGCUUAUUUCUGGUGGUGAGCUGUUUGAGCGAAUCAUCGACGAGGACUUUGAGCUGACGGAGAGGGAGGUGAUCAAAUACAUGCUGCAGAUCAUCGAUGGAGUGAGCUUCAUCCACAAACAGGGCAUUGUGCACCUGGACCUCAAACCAGAGAACAUCAUGUGUGUCAACAAGACCGGCAGCAAGAUCAAGCUCAUCGACUUCGGACUGGCCAGGAGACUAGAAAAUGCUGGUACUCUGAAGGUAUUGUUUGGGACCCCAGAGUUUGUGGCUCCAGAAGUGAUCAACUAUGAAGCCAUCAGUUAUCCUACAGACAUGUGGAGCAUAGGAGUCAUCUGCUACAUUCUUCUUUCGGGUCUGUCUCCGUUCAUGGGGGACAACGACAACGAGACCCUGUCCAAUGUCACCUCAGCAACUUGGGACUUUGAGGAUGAGGCUUUCGAUGAGAUCUCAGACAAUGCCAAAGACUUCAUCACUAAUCUGCUCAAGAAGGACAUGAAGACUAGACUUACCUGUGCCCAGUGCUACGAACACCCAUGGCUCAAACAGGACACCAACACCAUGAAGGCUAAGAAACUGUCCAAAGAGAGGAUGAAGAAGUAUAUACUAAGGAGGAAGUGGCAGAAAACGGGCCAUGCAGUGAGAGCGAUUGGCAGAUUGUCUUCUAUGGCCAUGAUGGCAGGAGUCAGCGCCAAGAAAGGCUCACCCACAGAAGAGGAUAACCAGUUCCUGGAGUGUUUGGAGUACGAGCAGAAGACCGAGUGUAAGCCCACCUUCAGUUCAGUCAUCAAGGACGUGGAAGUGGUGGAGGGCAGCGCCGCUCGCUUUGACUGCAAGAUAGAAGGUUACCCUGAUCCAGAGGUGGUGUGGUACAAGGACGACCAACCCAUCAAAGAGACGAGGCACUUCCAGAUCGACUAUGACGAGGAGGGCAACUGCAGCCUGGUCAUUUCAGAGGUGUCAGGGGACGAUGACGCCAAGUACACAGUGAAGGCAGUGAACAGUCUCGGGGAGGCCACCUGCACGGCUGAGCUUCUGGUGGAGGUGAUGGCCGGAGAGGAGGAGGAGGAGGAGGAAGAGGAGGAAGAGUGAAGAAGUGGAGUAUAGGAGGAAUUUCAAGAAGUCUGGGUCCCCACAGGAAGAGUUCUUAAGCAGGAUAUAUAAUGGCUAUAAGCGUUAAUGCAUUUACAAAGGUUAAUGCUAGAUAGUAAGCCCCAGAGGGACAGUGUGCUGUGAUUGGUCAUUAGACGUGAUAAAGAUCAGGAACAGGGUUAUAAUUUAAGUUAGGAAAUUGGUAGUGAUUAAGGUUAGGGUUAGGACAAAGGUUGGCAACGUCUCUCCGGAGCUGACUAAAAAGCACUAACCAAUUAAAAUACUUAAAGGUGGAACUUGUGAAUUUCCUUUUUUCUUUUUAGCAUCUAAUUACUUUUGUAGUGGUACAAAUUGUGUUGCUUUUUAAGAUUAUAUGAUUUUUUCUUCACCAACACUUGCAUUGUAUUUUAGAUUUGAUUUUUAUUUUUAAUGCAGAAUGCACACUGCACUUUCAUUGGUUAAAUCCACCAUCACUCAAAUCAUGAAGGAGACUGACCAAUAGAAGGUGUGGAUAGGAAAAAGUUUUCUAAAAAAAGUGAGCGUUGUAAUAUUAAAAUAUUAUUACAAUAAUAUAUAUGUAAUGUUACAAUAUUUUGUAACAUUGUUCAGGAAAAUGCGAGUUCCACUUUUAAAAUGAUUUGUAUUUAUUUAUUACGAGGGUUAAAUGUGACUAAAUAUCCCUAAACUUUUCCUGUGGGGGUCUCGCAAAUGUGAUAAUUGGAGCCUUAUAAUGACUGUUGAACAUACUAGCCUGACACGCAGACAUUUUGCUUGUACCAUUUUAUUAAAAACAUUAAAAACAGGAGCAAAGCAGGAAAGUGCUUGUGGCCCAUUGAAUAGGUGGAUGGCAGUAGUGGGAUCCAUUUCUUAACAUACUGUCUGUAAUCAUGGGUUUAGCAACCUGCAAUAAAAGGAACUGUAUGCAAUAUUUCAAUUUAAAAUUCCUUAAACACGACCUAACUUUGUCACCAGAUAUGAGGUAAACAUGUUCAAAUCAAAAACAAGUUUUACUGAUAACAACUGUAAAUUAUCCAAUCAGAAAUCAGAAUGAGCCUCACUUGAGUUUCCCAUUUGAGUUGCAAGUUUCAAUGCUGAAAUACCUAAAUUCCAGCAUGUGCAGCCAAUCAUGAAUCAGUGCUAGUGCAGCCUCUGCAGCUCAGUGAGUGAAUUCUGGAGGUUCUGAGCUUUCACUUGAAGUAUGAGCUGUCCAUAUACUGAGAAUGAGAAAAACUUGUAUUUGUGUGUGAUUGUAGUACAAUUUUUAAAACUGUGAGAGCACAGACUACAUACCGUUCCUUUAACAACCACACUUAAAUUUAUCGAUGGCUUUCAAAUUUUUUGAAAGGUCAAAUAUCACUGAUUAAAACAUAAGACAGUUACAAUAAGAGCAUAAUUUUGUCAAAACACUAUUAUAACUGAAGCUACCCUGAACUCUGUCAACACAAGGCUCUGGUGAUACCUGAACUCUGUCAACACAAGGCUCUGGUGAUAUUGAUAGACUUAUUUUUGUUCCAUGUCUUGCUGUGCUGCUUCUGUGUCAAAAGUUCUGCUGUCUGAGCACUUAUUUAUACUGUGCCUUUGUUUUCCACUGUUGCCUUAAUAUGAGCCUUAAGAAUUAUGCAGUAUAUUUCAGCUACAAAUUUUGCAGGGCAUGGUUAAAAAUAUAAUUUCUGAAGAUUGUAGAAGGAGUAAACCAUCACUAGGAUUAUAGCAAACCAAAUUGAAGUAUAAAAAACGUUCUAAUUCUGUCAUUUGUCAUAUCAGUUUCCAGCAGUGUGCCAUUCUUGGGAGGUGGUAGAUAAGCCAAAAAUUCUACUCAAGUCAGAGUAACAUCACUUCAAAAUGAUUUUACUCAGAUAGAAGUAUAAAGUAGUGGUCAUGGAAAUUACUCAAGUAAGAGUAAAACAGUAUUUGGCACAAAACUUUAAAUAAUGCCCCAAAUCUGGUAUUUUCAAAGACGUAGAUGACACAUUUUAGGCUAAAUCAUAUCUGAAGCUGCAAGAAACACACAUUUUCAAAUAAUUUUAUAUUGACAACAUAAAGCUUUUGUCACUUGUAGUCUUACUUGAGUAAUAUUUUGGGUGCUCUUCCCAGUGUGAUUAAGAGUAAAACUACUUGGAGAAGUACAAUUUUAUUAAAAAGUUACUCAAGUAAAUGUACUUGAAUGUAACUACCCACCUCUGUUGUGUCACUGACCAUUCUGACUGAACACAGACACAUUGGAAGAACUGUAACAAUUAAAGGCCCUGUAUUUAUACAGAUAUAUUGUAUAUGUAGCUUUGAGUUCAAAACAUGUCCACUGUGUGCUGUCUGUAAUGAGAAAUUGUCUGAUAUUCAGGAAGUGUACCUUAGCAUGCUAGUUGUUGUUACCGUGACUGCAGAACUUACUCUUCUCUUGUGAAAAGUGCUUAUAAACUCAUCACAGUGAAUGCUUAGAAUGCAUAAGGUAAGUGAGGAAGAACUUCAGAUCACUGCAAACCUUUUUAAAAUGAACUAGUUCUGUUUUUCACAUUUUUAGGUACAGUGCCUUUAAUAACUCUGCUACAUAAAUAUUUCGUUUCAAGAUCAUAGACCUUGUUCAUUUCACCUGCCUGCACCUGCCUGAGCUCUUGUCCCUGUCUGAACACUUGUGAGUGUUAUCUUAGUGUUGCCACAUUCCAGCAGACUGUGUGCUGUUGUUUUCAUGUAUUUAAGGGCUGCAGCCAAAACCAAAGACUUGCCUUUGCCCUUCACCGGAGUGUCAGUGUGAAAUGUACCUGUCUAUUUGUGUUCAAUGUUUUAACAAAUGUUUUAUUUUUAGACUUAUUUAAAGCACAGAUUCAUAAUUAUGGUAUUUUUUAUCUUAUCUGAUGUCUGAGAUUCUUGUCUGCACUUAAUUUUUUUUUUCCACCAGUGUUCUCUUGUCCUCCUAAAGCAGUGUCUCACCUGGAUUGUUUUGUAUUAGACGUUGUAUGUAGAUGAGUCAUUUUUAUAAAUAUAUGUUUGAUGAACUGCGAAUACCAUGUAUGAGAACACUACGACUGCAGUUGCUCACAGAAACGAAAUAAAUUUUUAUCACAAAAUAAAA